AUGACCGAUGGUAAAACCCUUGUGCACUCGCACAUCCACUGGCGCAAUGAGAAAAGAAAGAUCUGGCAACGGGAGCUGGUAAGCAAGGUAGUGGCAUUGCUUCGAGCCGAGGAUCACGAUUCACUCGCUCUGAUCGCUAGAACUACAGGGAUACCGCCACAACUACGCAAGAAUGUAUGGCCUGUACUACUAAAAUAUCAUCCGAUGGUAAUCUCACCCAACAUCAUGUCAAACACCCUGGUUUGGGAUUCUCAAAAUCAAAAUUGGCGCUAUCAUCCUGAAACCAGAAACUCUGAGGAGAUAGAGCAUCUUAUCGUGCAUGAUCUGAGUAAGUAUUUUCACAGAAGAGGACCAGCGGGCAACAAGAAUCACAUCACAAAUAGUGGCAGUUCCAGCCAAUUUGCCAACGAGCCUACUACUUUGUCCAAUGAAGAACUGCGAAGCAUUGAGUGUCUCAAAUCUUGUAUUUGCCAGUUCCUAAAGAAAUGGUCUCAGUUUUUCAAAUAUGAAAGUGGUCUUGCAUGGAUUGCACUAGCUUUAGCGGAAUGGUACCCGUUUGACGCUUGCAACAGUAUACUUCCCGGGAAAAGGCACGGACCACCCGUAAACCUAUACGACGAAUACUACUUACCAGAGCACAUAAGAAACCAGAUACCAGAUAGGGUCGAGUUCACCUUCAACGACCUUUACGAAAGAUUAGUGUUGGUCAUUUUGCAUUCACCUGAUGUACCGAAAGCCGAGAGGCUCGCAGAAAACGAAUCUGACGUUACGUCACAGUAUUACCCAGUAAUUUCCGGCGGCGAUCUAGCAUUUCAGUGUCAGCUUUUUUUCAAAGUAUUCUCAAUAGUCUUACCAGAGCUAUAUCAGCCGGUGAGUGACGAGGAGAGUCUCAGGCCGUCUAAAAAAACAAAUUGGAUGUAUUGGUGGUUCAAAUGUUCGGGCGCUCGUGCCCUACACAAGCAAGAUCGUGGCAGAAUAUGGGAUACGUUUUUGGGUUGGCGCCCGCAUCCGAGAUCGUUGAAUUUUUACCUCAACUACAAUAACAAAAUCUUCGGGCAUCUGUACUCCCAAACCACGUCGCCUAAUCUGGAUUCUGAGUUUUUGAACAAAAUCUGUAAAUACGGGCACGAUGCAUUUUGGUUCCCGGACUUGGAGGUCUUACACCUGGGCUCAUCAGAGCUCAAGUGCGAUUUCCAAGUGUUGUCCGAAUUAGUACGGCGAAACAAAUAUGGUUCAUCUGAUGACGAAUUGGAGAUUGCCACCAAAUCUAAUUCCGAAGCGCCUUCCCCAGAAUCCCAGGCGGGGGUUAGCAUACCGUUUUCAUUGCUGGAUCCACAUAUACAGCUCGUUUUCAUAUACAUGGCAAUCCUCCAGCAGCAUGAAUUCAAACUUUUGGAGUUUGAAGAAUCCGAGAUAUCUGAGUUUUUCAAUAACGUGCCCUCCCUGUCGCGUGCCGAUGACCAUAACUACAGAAAUUUGUAUGGGAAUGAUUUAGAUUCUCGUUCUGUGAGUUCAAGUGAAGCGGAAUCUGAAGAUUUUUCCAAAAGACCUCAGUCGAACUCAUCCACACCGCACAUGUUAAUCGAAGUAGGCGACGACGACAAAACAGCUAACACAUUUGAUGAAUUAUACAAUCUUGCUGGUGACACUUGGAGGAAAUGGGUCUGGAGAGAAUUAGAAGACAAUGCAGGAAGAUAA